GCCGAAUGAUUCGUCGCAUGGUUGACUCUCUCAUGACUAAUGAACUGCCGGAAAAGGAUGAUGUUUGUUCGGCUUUUUUGCUGGAUGCAUCGGAAUCAGAUGGAAUAGUUCUUCCUGAUCGGGUUUAUUCUAGUUCGUCUUCCGAAUCGGAUCGUUCGUCUACAUCGCCUCCAUCCUCAACAUCCCGAUCAUCUACCUUAACGUCUCCCUCUAAGCUACUUCUUCACACCGUAGAUACGGUUGUUUCACCUCACUAUUCGGAUGGGCUAUUGUCUGUUUCCUCCUCUUGCUUCGUCUCUUCAAAGCCCAUACAAAAGUGCUUUGUGAAAGAGACCUCUGAGAAUGGUCUAUGCAAGGGUACUUCUUCAUCCUCAAAUGAGUUUCGUCAUUAUCGACAUCAAUCACCUUCACCUGGGCUCCCGGCGAAUUCCAAUCUGUUUCCUGCACGUCAGCCAUUGGGCGAGUCUUUGCUACAGCAGAAUCACCUAGGACGUCCCCAACUAGCUUCUGGCUAUUUUAACAACUCGGACUUCAUAUCUAGAGAUGAUACACUCGACACAAAGGUAGCUGUGAAUGUCCAUGCGACAACACCUAAGACUGUUGAACCGCGAGCUUCAUCCGAUGCGCUAACAAACACUCAGAUUGAGGCGGGGACAGCCAGUCAAGCUGAUCCAUUGGUGAUGAGAGUUGAGUGCCUAGUGUUACCGUUCGUUCAAAAUUUGUCUGAAGUGGAGCUGCGUUUCCCUACCUCCAAACUGAACAAAGAGCAGCAUCGCAUCCUGAGAAAGCUUGCAACUGACAAUGAACUUUUCAUCAUGCACGCACCGAAAGGUCUGGUGGAAGAACCCACCGUUGUGUUGCACAAGCGUGCUAGUUUGGUUCAGCGUCAGCGGAUCGAAAUGGAACAACGGCACCGUGAGACACUGGCUCGCGCUCGAAUUCUGGAACAAGAAGAAGAGGAAAAGAAAAAGUUGGAAUCGCUGCGCGCAGCGGAGGCAAGUCAAAUGUCACCGGCUAUUCGAGAAACUGGUUGCCAAGCUGGGGAGGAACAUGUUCCGGUUGGACGCAAGAAAUAUCGCCGGUUGCGUAGAGAACGCCGUCGAUUGGCUAAACAACUAAGCACAGUGAAAAAACCUUCAAAAACCACCUCAAGCAUGCAGACUGUACCAGAAGACUACUGGCUUUGCCCGUGGUGUCUACAACACAUUGCUCCUGAGAAACAAUGUGGUCACGAGCCGAUUUGUCGAGCUGGUGUGAAACAACGACAGAAGGAGAAUGAACUGCACUCGCGCCUAGCUCAGCGGAAAGCGAUCGCUGAAGAGCAGCGCCGCCUUCGAUCGGGAAUACCGCUCUCGUCGAAUAAUCGCACAAAGCAGCCAAACGGGAAGCAGCCGAGUGGUGUUAGUGCUACUCCCGGACGAAGCCGAACUCAGACCAUUUUGGAAGCUGAUAGGCAUGCAGUGAAACGAAAAUCGCUUGGUCGUACACGCUCUUCGAGUCGAACGGAUUUAAAGACUUCAAAUACAAUCACAGCCAAGCUAGAGACAGUGCAUCCGAAUGAUCUAAACGCUAUCGUCCAUUUGAUGCAGCGAGUUUGUUCGGAACCACAUUGUCAGCGUAUAGCUGACGCGAACACCGGAAGCGCUGAUGACUCCGUUGCCCGCCCUACAGGAACCAAGUGUCACGAGUGCCGUAGAGUGUAUUGUGACCGUCACCGGCCUGUCGGCAUGCACGCUGCUUGUAUGGCUGCGGCAACUGAACCCAUCGUCACUACCGGGGCCUCAAUCGCGUGUGGCAUAGAUGUUGAUGAGAAGAAGUCCAUUUUAAAGGCGGCAAUACGUGAACGGAGGGCUGCGCUAAUGGAGCGGCGGCAGCGCCUUUAGCUCCGCUUCGUCUAUUAUACCAAUCAUCAUCGAUCUAGCUUAUAUCCAACAAUUUAUAUCGCCUCACCUAUUUCGCUGUGAUACGCUCCCCUUUACCUUUUACAUUAAUUUAUUUUUAAUUUUUCCCUACAUAUCUGCGGUAUUCAAUUUUGCUGCUUUUCUCGCUAUGUUUGUGUGCAAAAUGAUGCCUGUUUGUGCCUAUACUUUUCUAUCAGUAGCACUUUGUUGAUACAAAUUAUGUUCUCAGGAGUA